CGUGCCGAGGCUCUGCAGCUGCUGCUAGAGCUACGGGGCUGCCCGGCCUCCCGUGCCGCCCGGUGGGGGGAGGUGGCGGGGGCGCUGCUGCGGCGGCCGCUGGACCCGCGGGGGGUGCUGCGGGUGCUGGCGCUGACGGAGGAGGAGAAGAGGGAGUUCAGGGCCCUGUUGGAUUCCAAGGACCUGUACGGCAGCGCCGACCAACGCACCCUCCGCCACCUGCUGCUGCGCCUCGAGCCACCCGCAGCGGUGCAGCAACUGACCCGUGGGUCGCGCGGUUCCGCUCUGGAGGGCCUCAUCGUGGAGAAGAUGGUACCGCAGACCGCGCCCGAGGGCUCCGCGUGGCGCAAAACCCGCAUCUCCUCCCCCUGCGACCCACAGGGCCCAUGGCCUCAUACCUGCAUCACUGCAGCUGCUGCUUCCGCCGCCGCCGCCAGCGCAGCUGCUGUUAACACCAACACCUCCGCCGCUUCCUCCUCCGGCGCCUCCGGAAUGAAGCCCGCUGAUGUAGAUAUGGAUGCCGUACAAAUUGCUUCGCAACCGCAACCGCCAACGGUGUCGUACGAUGUCAAGUACUGGUACGAAGUCCAGCGGUUGCAUUGGCACGCCAAAUUAGGCAACCUGGUGCUACUGCCGGCCACGAUAGCGAGUGCGGCGGCUGCUACAGCCGAGUACGACAGCAAGGCGGGGCUGUGGCGGCGGGCGGGGGUGGCGGCGGCGCUGCCGGGUUUUACGGGACCGUUGUUGGACGAGCGGGGGCGGUACGGCAGGUUCAAAUUCAGUUAUGAGGAGUGCCGGCAGAGGCAUGCCGAUAUGCUGGCGCGGUUGAUCGAGGUGUUUGAGCUGUGACGCGAAACGAGAGGGAAGAAAGAAGUGGGAGGAAGAAGGAGGAGAGGGAGAACGAGUAGAGACAGAAGGAGAGAGAGAAGCGAGGAUUGAAAGGAAGCAGAGAGGGAGUGAGUCGAGGAAAGUUAGAAAACACAGCAGGAUUGAGAUGGGGGGAUGGGGGUGGCUCCCAGCCGGCAUGUACGGGGGGAAAGUUGUCAUCUCGUAGGAGUUGUUGCAUGUAGGUUUGUACAAGAAGAGAGGCGAUUCAUGCUGUGGUGUGAUGAUUCAGUCUUUGUGUUUUGACGUGUAAUGGAGGAGCGGGAAGGUGGCUGUUACUGGGUAACGGACUGCUAGUUCGGGGAGGGGCGGACGUCAAGGUGUAUAAUCGAUUCAGUAGCGGGAAUGAAGGUUGUGCUGUGCUGCUGAUGUGAGAGACAGCAACCCCGCGCUUGUCCUGAGAUGCCACCGAGAUGGAGAUUUCUGCAGCUUUCCAGCAGGCAUGCAUGUUUUACAGAGAAUGCGCAUGCAUGCAUGUCUUACAUGGUACACGGUAACAGUUAGCAGGUGGAGGUCGGGUGGUGGCACCGAUCGUGUGUAGGAAAGGUCCGAAAAGGACGCUUCUA